AUGAACAAAAAAUGGAUACUAAGAGGAUUCAUACCAAUCAGACGAUAUAGCAAUACCCUGGGCAACUUGACUGACCAAGUUUCCAAGAUCAAAUAUCUAACCAUAGAUUCUGCUCUUCAGAGUAUGCUUAAAGAAUAUCAUCAAAAGUUCAAGUCAAUACGAAAAAGCAACACCACUCCGUUUUGGAUUUUUGAGAAGAAGGGCAAUGAUACUAACAGUUUUUUUGAAAAGUACUAUGAACAGUACAUAAAUAAAAAGAUGGGUAGGGGUUCAUACCAAGACAUAGUGACCAAAAGGGCUAAGAUAGCGAAGCAUGAUGCUCCGGUUCAUGUUUACUGUGAGUUUUUGAAGGAGUUGUAUCCAGCCAAUGGGAACAAUGUUGACCAUUAUGCUUUGUACUCCAAAUAUAUGCAGUUGCCUAGCCCUAGAUUGACGUAUAUUCAAAAUGUGGAUUUGGAGAAGUUCUUAUCUGAAUUCUUCAUGAACCAAAGAGGAAGAAUAAAGGGUAAAGGGUUAUCCGUCAUGAGCAAGAUUCUACGAGAUGUACAAGCGUGUCAUGUUCCAUUGAGUGGUAAAGAGAUCAACAUGUUCAUCACUACGAGAUAUUUUGAUGAAGAGUUCACAUUGAAAGAUUAUGAAACUUUGUCUCGUUUAUAUGGCAAUUAUCUCCAAGUUGAUUCUUAUAACAUCAUGAUCCGAUAUUCCAUCAAAUAUCGAAAUUAUGACCUAGUCGAACAAUUACUGGAAGCAAUGGCAGGAAAAGGGCUAAACCCAGAUAGAAUUACUUAUGCCUUACUAUUCAAGUAUUACAGUGUCACGAAUGAUAAAAAUCGAGUUGAAUUCUUGUUAUCCCAAAUGUUAAAUGAUGGAAUAGUGAUAGACAUCAAUCUAGUGAAUCAACUAAUAGGUGCCUACAUCAGAAUGAACAUGAUAAAAGAAGCAGAAGCAUUGUUCAACUUUCUCGUUGAAUGUAGCAACCGACUGAGACUUCUUGGUGGUGAGGUAACCCAUUUGAACACAGACAUUUCAAGACGGCAAUACCGGAAAAAAGCCAAACUAUUGGACUACAUAACAAAAGAGCUGAAAGUUAGUGGUUCCACUGUAAACGAUUCUCCCUUUUUGUUUUAUUUGAACCCCACUGAAGACACUGCCUUACAGUUUUUUAAGCUAUAUCGAUCCUGGAUAGAAGAGAUGAACUAUCAGGCCGCAAUUACCGCAAUUAAUGACAUUUACAACAUGUUCGACUAUCAAAUGAAAGUGGUAGAAGAUAACAAGAUUCCACUCUCCAAUAAAUUACUGGUGGAGCUAUUGCUAUGCUAUCUCAACGUUGCUCAAUCUGGAGUAUCCUGCAAUUGGACUUUGGGAACGUUUAGACGAGUCCUCUAUCUAAUCAUUAAUAGCAAGAAGAAAUCUCUCAAACUAGAACAGCAUAUUGAUCAAAAUUUCAUCAAACUGAUUGAUCUUAUGGAUUUAAUAUUACAAGUUUUCGAAGCAUUUGGAACUCUCUCCGUUGAAAGAGAGAGAGCUCGUCAGUUGAAGAUCAAGAAGGUAACCCAAGGUUUAAAUUAUGGCCGCUGGGAAGACAAUAAAGUUCUAACCAUGAUCGAAAAGGAAUUGCUGGAUAUAUUGGAAGAUUUGCUGAAAAAAUCUUUCAAAUUAGAUCCCCAAGAAGGAGACUGA